AUGCGCGGUCUACAGAUCAAACAAUGUGCAAGUUUAAGAGUCUCUGAAUCCCCAAAACCGAAAGGACUCCUCUAUUUCCACCUCAACCCCCCAAGUUUUAUAGAUGCCCGCAUCAUCAAGACCGGCUUUGAUCCCAACACGUACCGCUCUAAUUUUCAGCUCAAGAACUUCUUAAAACGAGGCGAGUUAUCUCGAGCACGACAGGUGUUUGAGCAGAUGCCUCAGAAAAACACUUUCUCAGUAAACCUGAUGAUUUCCAGUUAUGUCAACUGUGGUAAUCUUUAUAAGGCCAUGGUUGAGCGUACAGCUGUAACAUGGAUAGGUGGGUAUUCGCAAGCUGGUCAAUACCGUGAAGCAUUUAAACUUUACGCCGAGAUGCAUCGGUGGGGAACUAAGCCGGAUUAUGUGACUUUUGCAACUCUGUUAUCAGGAUGCAGCAACAUGGAUGCUACAAAGGAAGUAGUUCAGGUUCAUUCUCAUAUCCUUAAAUUGGGAUAUCAUUCUACACUCAUGGUCUGCAAUUCUUUGGUUGAUUCCUACUGCAAAUCACAUUGCCUGGAUUUUGCUUUUCUGCUUUUCAAGGAAAUGCCUGAAAGAGAUGCUGUUACAUUCAAUGCAUUGAUAACAGGGUCCUCGAAACAUGGGUUGAAUGAAGGUGCUAUUAACCUCUUUGCUGAGAUGCAAAAUCUGGGUUACAAGCCUUCUGAAUUUACAUUUGCAGCAGUACUUUGUGCCGCUAUCGGUUUAGAUGACACUGUGCUUGGGCAACAGGUUCAUGGUUUUGUGGUUAAGACUAAUUUUGUUUGGAACGUUUUUGUGGGAAAUGCAUUGCUCGAUUUCUACUCAAAGCAUGAAUAUGUGGUUGAAGCAAGGAAACUUUUUUAUGAGAUGCCAGAGUUGGAUUGUAUUUCUUACAAUAUAAUCAUCUCCUCCUAUGUAUGGGAUGGGCAAUUUAAAGAGGCUCUUGAUCUUUUCCGUGAAUUGCAGUUUUCCAAAUAUGACCGGAAGCAAUUCCCUUUUGCAACCAUGUUGAGCAUAGCAGCGAAUACUCUGAACAUAAAUGUGGGCCGGCAGAUACAUUCCCAGGCCAUUGUAGCAACAGCUGAUUCAGAAUCUCAGGUUGGAAAUUCUUUGGUUGACAUGUAUGGCAAAUGUGGUAGAUUUACCGAAGCCAGAAGAAUAUUUGCUAGUCUGGCUGACAAAAGUACAGUGCCAUGGACUGCACUCAUCUCAGCAUAUGUUCAGAAGGGAUUCCAUGAAGAAGGCCUGGAACUGUACAAUGAGAUGUGCAGAGGAAAUGUUAGUCCCGACCAGGCCACUUUCGCAAGCAUCUUAAGAGCCUCUUCAAAUUUGGCUUCACUCUCACUAGGAAAGCAGUUACACUCAUCAGUCAUCAUAUUAGGAUUCAUUUGCAACGUUUUUCCUGCAAGUGCGCUUCUAGAUAUGUAUGCGAAAUGUGGAUCCAUGAAAGAUGCUCUUCAGAUUUUUCAGGAGAUGCCAAAGAGAAAUAUUGUAUGUUGGAAUGCCCUGAUCUCAGCUUAUGCACAAAAUGGUGAUGGUAAAGGGACUCUUAGAUCGUUUGAAUGGAUGGUUCAGUCAGGUUUUGCACCAGAUUCUGUUAGCUUCUUGAGCAUUUUAACUGCUUGUAGCCACUGUGGGCUUGUUGAACAAGGACUAUAUUACUUCAACUCCUUGAUGCAUAACUCUAACAUUGUUCCAAAGAGAGAACACUAUGCAUCAAUGGUGGAUGUGCUGUGUCGAAGUGGGAGAUUCGAUGAAGGAGAGAAAUUAAUGGCUCGAAUGCCAUUUGAGCCUGAUGAGAUUAUGUGGUCGUCUGUACUAAACUCAUGCAGAAUUCAUAAGAAUCAAGAAUUGGCAGAGAGAGCCGCAAACAGGCUUUUCAAUAUGGUCGAGCUUAGGGAUGCAGCUGCUUAUGUCAACAUGUCAAACAUUUAUGCAGAAAUAGGUGAGUGGGAGAGUUUAAGGGAGGUGAAGAAGGCGAUGAGGGAGAGAGGAGUGAGAAAGGUUACAGCGUAUAGUUGGGUAGAAAUCAAACACAAGAUUCAUGUAUUUACAGUGAAUGAUAAUAGCCAUCCAGAGAGUGGAAAAAUUAUGUCAAAAAUUGAUGAGUUGGUGAAGGAGAUGGAAAAGGAAGGAUACAAGGCUGACACAAGUUGUGCCCUUCACAAUGAAGAUGAGGAAAUAAAAGUGGAGUCUCUCAAAUAUCACAGUGAACGCUUAGCGAUUGCAUUUGCAUUGAUCAGCACACCAGAAGGUUCGCCUAUAGUGGUGAUGAAGAAUUUACGAGCUUGCACAGACUGCCAUGCUGCAAUCAAAGUGAUCACGAAGAUUGUUGGGAGGGAAAUAACAGUUAGAGACUCGAGCAGGUUCCAUCAUUUUAGAGAUGGGCUUUGCUCCUGUGGGGACUUUUGGUGACAUUUUUUCCAAACUGGGCAUUAUUAUUUAUCAUCUGUAGGUGCACAUAUGUCAUAUUUAAAUUGCAUCCCCGUGAGUCUGUGGUGUGUGCAAUAUAUAGCACGUCUUCAUGAGAAAGGGAAUUUGGGGAGGCGUGAUGUGGAACAGCUCUUCAAACCUUGGUGCUCAUUAUAGUUCUUUACAGAACCAACUGGAACAAGGAGAAAACGCAUCAGGCAGAGUGUCUGCUACGUUCUGGAGCUUGAUUAUUCUUCGCACUUCAAGUUCAGAUUGUGCGGUACGGGGAUCGAGAUGACACAUAGUGGGGACAGACCACGACAAUUCCUGUCAUUCCUGUUGAACAUCUGUGUUUUUAUCUCCCCCUAACGAUAGGAAGACUAUCUCAUCAAAGUGACAAUCCGCAAAUAUGAGAUUGGUUAUGAGAUUGGUGACUUUCAGAAGCUGCUUGUCACUCGUACUCUCAGACUGAAGAAACUUGGCAUCCCUGUCAAACAAAGGAAGCUGAUCUUGAAAUACACCCACAAGUAUAGGCUGGGACUCUGGAGGCCUCUAGCUCAGCCAAUAAAAUCCUAGUUAGUUUAGAACUAGCAUGUCCUUUACAGAAAAGUUGUCUGCUGCGAGCUGCAAAAUGUAUGGAACCUGGAAAGAAGAGUGUUGCUUUCUUCAGAGUCUAGUAUUUCUUCACUUUAAUUUCAUGGACAAAGUUUGGCGGUUUAGUGUAUGGAUUUAGUUGAGCAAUCUACUUUGUAACUUCAUUCGAGUACCCUCAUUGCAUGCGGUGUCCAUGUUCCAUCUUCUAGCAACAUGUUUUAAAGUUAGCCUGCAAAGUAUAAUGGCGUUGAAGUCUUUACUGGCUUGCCUAACUGAUUAUCUGUGACAGUAAAUUUCAUAAUAUCAAAUCUCAACCUUUUCAUAA